AUGUUUGGUAGAAAGGAGCAUAAUACAGAUAAAGGAAAGGAAAAAAUAGUAAAUAUCAAAUCAGAGGCUCUACGCGACGGAGUUGUAGUAAAUUUAGAAAAUGUUAAACGUGUAUCAGAUCACGUUCCUAAACAUUUGAAGCCUCUAAAUAAUGAACAAUUAGGUUAUUAUCUAGCAGGAUUCAUAGACGGGGAUGGUCAUUUUAGUAAAGCUCAACAAUUAGUUAUAACUUUUAGUUCUCCAGAUGCAUUUCUAGCCUAUUACUUGAAAGGAAGAUUAGGUUACGGUAAUGUAAGAAAAGUAAAGGACAAAAACGCAUACCUUUUAAUUGUAUCUAAUGAAAAGGGUAUGUUAAAUAUAAUUAACUUGAUAAAUGGUAAAUUAAGAACAGAACACAGAUUUAACCAAGUAGUUAAUAAUGUAUUAAGUCAUACUAAGUAUGCAGAUCAAAAUAUUCAUUUUACUAUAGAUUCAAGUAAAAAUUUUGAUAACCACUGA